AUGUCACCGUACUUCAAGCACGUGAAAGAAGCAUGGCAAAGGCGACAUCAUCCAAAUAUGUUGUUUUUGUUCUAUGAAGAAUUGUCUAAGGAUUUGGCCGCGGUAGUGCGGCGCGUGGCGACGUUCCUUGAGAAAGACAUCAACGAAGAACAGAUAGAAAAAUUAUGCGAUCAUUUAAAUAUUGAGAACUUCAAAAAGAACAAAUCGGUCAAUUUAGAAGAAGUAACUAAAUUGGCUAACGGAAACCUAUCUUUUAUAAGAAAAGGUCAGGUGGGCAACUGGAAGGAGUAUUUCGAUGAAGAAAUGACACAACAGGCAGAACGAUGGAUGGCGGACAACUUGCGCGAUACCGACCUCACCUUUGAACAAAUUAAUACUUAA